AUGAGCGAGGAAGCAGAGCAAACAGAAUUGCAAACAUUGCAACCUGAUGAUUGGAUCGAAGAAGAAUUUGGCAAAAAUAAAAAGAACAAAGGAUCAGAAAUUAAAGCCGAAAAACCUGAAGAAAAAAAAGCACCAUCAAAAAAGAAACCACCUAUUGCAGUUAUUCGUGCACAACUGGAAGCAGCACGUGCCGCUGAAGAAGAAAGAAUACGGCAAGAACAGGAAGAACAAAGGCGAAUUGAAGAGGAACGUAAACGCAUAGAGGAAGAAGAAAAACAGAAGGAAUUAGCCAAACAAAGAAGAAAAGAGAAGGAAAAGGAAAAGAAAGAACGUCUUAGACAGGAGGGUAAAUUAUUAAGCAAAAGUCAAAAGGCUAAGAAACAGCAAGACCAAUUGCGGUUACAGCAGAUGAUAGAAUCCGGCUAUAAAAUUGAGGGGUUUGACAAUGGUGAACAAAAACCAAAAAAAGUUGUCUAUGCUAGUAAAAAGAAAAAGGGCCCACCAAAACAAACUUCGGAUAAAACUGAGGCAGAAGUUGUAGCAGUAAAAGUGGAUAAUACGCCAGAAAUUUCAGAAAAUUUAGAAGCUGAAAAGGAAAUUGAAACUAAUAAAAAUGUAAAAGAUAGUUGGGAAGAGGAUGAGGAAUUAGGAAACAGUAAACAUACCGAAAUAACAGACGGUGUCAAAGAUCAAUGGGACGUGACAUCGGAUGAAAUGGAGGAUAUCAAUGAACAAUCGGAUUCAACAUCAGAUGAAAAGGAGACAUCAAAAAAUGUCAUUUCAGCCGAAACCCUACCAGAGACCUCAUCAGCGACCCCUAUAAAAGUUGGUACGGACAAAAAUCAGAAACCAGAAAAGGUUGUUGAUACUGGUAUAACACAAAAAAAUGUAUCGGUUAAAGAGACGACUAAAACAUCCGAAUCAGUUAAUGAGUCAGAAGAAUCUGAAACAGAUGAUAGUAGUGAGGAUAGAGAUGAAGGAAGUGACAAUGAAAAAAUUACGGAGCAUCAAAAACAAGCUAUGAAACAGAAGGCUGAUGCUGCUGAGCGUCGUAAGAAACGACAUGAGGAAGCACUUGCCGCUCGAUCUAAAGACGAUUUGAGAUCACCAAUAUGUUCAUUACGACACUUUCGUGAUGAUAUAUUGGAUGAACAAGGUACCCCUAUUUUGAUGUAUGAUGGACACAUCAAACCUGUUGAAACGAUUAAAGAAGGUGAUCAGGUGAUGGGUGAUGAUAGUACACCUCGCAAUGUUAGUGGUGUCACUAGUGGUGAAGGAAUUUUGUACAAAAUAAUACCUAGAAACUAUCCAUUUGCUCAACCUUUUAUAUGUAAUGAUGCGCACAUCCUUGUUCUUAAGAUGAUGUUAGGGCCUUCCUUACAACAUCAUUGUAACGAGGAUGGGAAGACGUUAUUUAAGCUUGUUUACUUUAUACAUGAUCGCACCACAAAUUUGAUACAAAAAACAGUCAAACUCUAUCCGUAUCCAAGUGCGGAAUACUCUACAAUGAAUAAUGCUAAACGAGCUGUCAUUCGGGAUUUUGAAUUAGUUGAUAAAAAUAAAAUUUACAAUUUGGAUAGCUCAAGCUCCAUCAAUUCUAUUGUGCGACCGGGCUUCGUAUGGCAACCAACUGUCACUCAAUUUUUAAAUAGUGAUUCUGAAGUGCAGUCUCAUGCCAAAAUGUUUACUCCCGAAAAAGUUCGAUUCCCAAGCCAAGAGGGUGCUUUCGCCAAAAUUGUUAAACGUUUUAUCAAUAUACAGACUUUUCCUGCUGUCAUUGAACUAUGUGCCUGGCUCAUCGGCUUUUGGAUUGGUUCAAAUAUAGCUAAUCAACACUCAAAGGAUC